AUGGCCGCAAACGCCAACCCUAGGCAUAGUAUGCCUGUGGGAGGCUAUCAUGCCAGAAAUGGAGCCUCGUCCGGUCCUCCUCGAUCCUCAGCCGCUCCCUUUCCACACAUCGACGAUCUCGUCUCAAUGCCGAAAGAUAUUAAUCCGAAUCAGUCUAUAAGGAAGCUUUUGGAGCAGGCAGAAAGCUCUUUUCGGCAAUCUGAGUUGCAUCGUGAUUUCAAUCGCCCUGCCAUCGCUUUGAAGGACUAUGUCAGGGCGUUUGUCAUCGCCGUGGAAGUUAUCCGGAGACACCCAGAUUUUCCUACCAUGGCGUCGAAACAGGGGGACGCCUCUCUACUACACAAAGCCCUUUUAUCCAAGAUAAAUCGCCAAAGUGAAAUAUACAACCAGAUCAAGCAAGAUAUCAUGGCCGAUAACCGAAGGACUGGUGUCCGACCUACAGUUGAAACUUCGCCUGUUGUCACCACAGUCAACGGACUAUCAAAUGCUCCUCUGCCCGUUACAAGCAAUAACGGAGUACGGCCUGUUCAACAAGAAGAACGGCAGCAGCAGAAGAAGCUGCCAAACGGACAUGUGCCUCACUUGCCGAACGGUGGCCCUCCCGCCAAGUCAAAGCCAGCUGUGAACCCAAAGCCUGCGGCUCUUCAUGGCAACGCCAUUCCUCGACAUAAUCGUACUAAUUCCGCAAAUAAUAUGACAUUGGAUUUAGCCGCUCGAUUUGCCAAUUUGAGAGGACCGCAGCCAUCACCUGGACAAGAUCCUCGAAUUAAGACUUAUCCAAUCAUUCCUCAGAGGCCAGCCGGCCCAAGACAAAUGCCGCCGUCCCCCCCAAAGGUGAACACUAAUAUGAGUUAUGACACCGCUUUACCCAAGCCCCCAGAUGCUAUAUAUAGCCCGGUUCGAGGUAGCGUUUCUGGAGAGGCGGCGCGGUUGCCCACAAGCACGCCCAGGGGACUCUUCAGCCGAAAAGGUUCAUCCACGUCAAUAUCGGGAACUCCCAGCGCGAAUCAACCGCGGCAGAGCGACGAAUACUUUCCUCUUGUUCCGCCCAGUGCUCCAAAGCCAUCUGACGUGGCAGAGAAGGCGCUCAAAAUCCCCGAGGGCAAUACCAUCACCCCUAGGGAGCUCAUCACGGUCAGAGAAGCCAAGCCAUCUAUUCUCUACAUUGAUGUGCGGCCCCGCGAGGAUUUUGAUGAAGGACAUAUUAUGGCCGUAUCGAUUAUUUGUAUCGAUCCAAACAUUUUGGAACGAGGAGAUGUGACAUGCAGCGAUAUCUCGGAAGCUCUGGUUCUGUCCCCCCCCACGGAGCUUUCGCUAUUCGAGAAGCGCCAAACAUAUGACUUAGUGGUCUUCUACGACCAAGAUUCGGAAUCCUUUCCUAAAUCUGACAAAGACCCGCGGGACAUUGCUCUCUGGUCUUUAAACCGCGCCUUGGUUGAGCUGAGCUACGAUAAGGAGCUAAGAAAUCCGCCCAAGCUCCUCAAGGGCGGGAUAAAUGCGUGGACUGACCUUUAUGGAGCUGGCUCCCUACGAUCUACUCCGACUACAGAUGCCAAGACGCAACCCAGAGCCAGCAAACGCCACCCAUUCAUUCAACGAAGAGGUUCAAAAUAUGUUUUUAAUCCGCUACCUGAAAAGGACGUAGAGACAUUCCGAAAAGGUCUUGAAAAGGAUGCGGCACCGCCAUCUUUCCCUCGCACCAGAGACGAAUUUCUGAGGUUUCCUCCGGUGUCACUAGAACAGCAAUCCAUGUCAUCUGGAAUUUCUGCCGAACAGCGAUACAAACAUGACUUUGCAACGGGAUUCGGCUCCCCUGUGCAGAUGCUCACCCCCCCAACUCGACCCCAAGCCGCAGUACAACGCCCCAGCCAUAUCAGCCUGUCCGAAGACGGCCACGAUGACCAUGAAAUUACAGAGCAAGUACCUGCAACACCUGUCAAAGUGCACACAGGGCUCAAUAAUCCAGGCAAUUGGUGUUAUGCAAACAGCAUAAUACAAUCUCUGCUUGCAUCUCCUAGCUUCGGGAGAGAAAUUGCUGACUCGGAAUGGGCAAGACGGUAUAAGAACCAAGUGCCCCGGAAACCUGGUGAAAAGAUGGAUCAGCCACAGCUGAUGAUUCAAAUGCUGUCAAAUAUCUUCUACUGGAUGAGUUCCGGCAAGUUCCAGACUAUGAAGGCUCAAAUGCUCAUGGAUUAUUCCCGACACCUGUGCGCCACCGGUGACCCCAAGACGAAAUUUGGUGGGAAAGACCAACAAGAUGCGCAGGAAUUCAUGUCCUUCUUAAUGGAUCAGCUUCACGAUGAGACCAAUCUUCGACGGGGCCAGCAAGGCACGGUUGACCAACCCAAUGUUCAGGGCAUACAGCUGGUUCAAGCGGCAGAACGAUACUGGGAAAACCAUAAACGAUUGAACGACUCUAUUGUGGAUCAGUAUUGGCGCGGGCUUCAGUUGUCCACAGUUCAAUGCCACCACUGUGCCACUCGGACUUAUACGUUCUCUCAGUUUGAAUCGCUUGGCGUCAAUGUAUCUGGCGACCGGAACAUGACUCUGUCUGAAGCCUUGCGGCAGGCCAACACGGGCGACGAAAUCGAUGAUUUUAGGUGCAACUGCUGUGCAACUUCAAGGCCAGCCAAGAUUUCAGAGUCCCUAGCACGAAUGCCGCCCCUUCUUUGUGUCAGUUUCCGCCGUUUCCAGGUCAAUGGAAGAGGUGUUGUCAAGUCCACUGCGGAAGUUACUUGGGAUUUCAAUGACUUCGACUUUACACCGUACUUUCUCAACUCGGCUGAAGAUUGGCAAGGCGCCUCCACACAUGAUAGAGCCUUCUGUGGCCCUUUCCGGUAUCAAUGCUACGCAGUCAUUGUUCAUUCUGGGCGAAGUAUAGACAGUGGGCAUUACUACGCCUAUGUGCGUGAUUCGAGCACCCACGACCCGUAUGCCUGGUACUGCUGUAACGACAGCGUCGUGACCAAAGUCCGCAUUGGCAGCCGGGAACCUACGGACAUACAGAACACGGUGUUUAAAUCUGGGUCGGAUGCAGUCCCGUACCUUGCGUUCUUUAGGAGGAAGAGCGAAUGA